AUGGAGCUUACAAUGGAAAACAUUGGAAAUCUGCACGGUGUGUCUCACUCCCAUCAGACGAGCGACUUAAUGAACUCCCAACACGCGCGCCAGUCGUCGCAUCGGAACUUGGUGUCACACGGACGGUCAGCCAUGGUGUCCAGCAUGGCCUCGAUACUGGAGGGCGCGGGGGACUACCGCACAGAUCACGCUUUGUCUGGUCCCCUGCACCCGGCCAUGACCAUGUCGUGCGACUCCGGGAUGAGCCUGAGCAGCACCUACACCACGCUGACGCCGCUGCAGCACCUGCCGCCCAUCUCCACCGUGUCGGAGAAAUUUCACCAUCCACACCCACAUGCUCACCAUCAUCCGGCUCACCAGCGACUCUCCGCCGGGAACGUCAGCGGCAGCUUCACCCUGAUGAGGGACGACCGCAGCCUCGCCUCCAUGGGCAACAUCUACGGCCACUACCCCAAAGACAUGUCCGGCAUGGGGCAGUCUCUGUCCCCUCUGUCCAACGGGCUAGGCUCCUUGCACAGCUCCCAGCAGACUCUCAGCGCCUACGGCCCUGGAGCUCACCUCUCCAACGACAAGAUGAUCUCCUCAGGGGGUUUCGAGUCCCACAUGCUGUCGCGAGGUGAGGAGCACCUGGCCCGGGGUCUCGGGGGCCAUGGGGCCGGACUCAUGACAUCCUUGAACGGCAUACACCAUCACAGCCAUCCGCACUCUCAGGCAAACGGGUCCAUGCUGUCAGACCGGGACAGGCAGACGGUGGUGGGAGGAGGGCAGGGAGGUGGGUCAGGGCAGGUGGAGGAGAUAAACACCAAGGAGGUGGCACAGCGAAUAACGGCCGAGCUCAAACGCUACAGCAUCCCCCAGGCCAUCUUUGCUCAGAGGAUCUUGUGCCGGUCCCAGGGAACUCUGUCUGAUCUGCUGCGGAAUCCUAAACCGUGGAGUAAACUCAAGUCCGGCCGGGAGACUUUCAGGAGGAUGUGGAAGUGGCUCCAGGAGCCCGAGUUCCAGCGGAUGUCGGCGCUCAGGCUUGCAGCCUGCAAGCGCAAAGAACAGGAGCAACACAAGGACCGCAACACGGCGCCCAAAAAGCAGCGCCUCGUCUUCACUGACCUGCAGCGCCGCACACUCAUCGCCAUCUUCAAGGAGAACAAGCGUCCAUCCAAGGAGAUGCAGAUCACCAUCUCCCAGCAGCUCGGCCUGGAGCUCAGCACCGUCAGCAACUUCUUUAUGAACGCACGGCGCCGCUGCGUGGACCGCUGGCACGAUGACCACGGUGCCAGCCCCGGGCAGCCGGGCACAUCCACCACCUUCUCAAAGGCCUGA